CGAAACUGCCCACACCCUGGCCUUAAAUACUUCCAGUUCCAGGAUAUCAUAAUAAGCGUAAUAAUUGGACGCUUGUUUGGGCAUUCCAGUAAUUUCAUCCGUUGACAGCUCUCUCGCACAAGUCUUUACAGUGCAGUACUGCACCGCCCUGAGUCUAGAAACUAGAAAGAGAAGUCUAUCUUUCCCCAACUGUUAGCUUCCUCUGCUGCUUCUUUGCGUUCAUCCAAAAUCCCCAACUCCAUCUCUCUUUUGCGAUCUGCAUUGCCCAAUCUCUUCCCGUCAAGCAACUUCACGGUUUCUUUUGCAAGAUCCAGAAGUUGCCUCUAUCACAUUUUCUCAGUUCGGGUUCCUGCUUUUUCAAAAGGGGAGCCCCGCCUCUGCUUUGCCUUCCGCUGCUUGCUUUCUUUCUAUGGUUUGCAAGCUAUGGACACAAAGAAAGUCGGAUUGCCAGACCAACUCCUGCUCUCCCCAACGAGGAAAUUGCUAUCUGGGUUCGCUCUCUGGAUCGCCAGCGCCUUUUUCAUUAUACUCUCUGUGCUCCUCCUCAGCAGUUCCUUAAAGGGGCGCGCCGUGUUCCAAGGGUUUAAUCACGUCAGUGUCAAUUCCUCUUCCCUUGUUUCCUCUUGGCCCUUCUCGUUUCCCGCCUCUUACUUCCCCGGCAAAGACAACGCCACAGCAAGUGCAUUUGGGGUGGUUUUGGGGAAAGUGCAUUUGGGGAAUUUGAGUGAUGAGAGUGGGAGCGGAGAUCCGAAAGGAGGCUUCGUUGUCGUCGGCGAGGAAGAUCCGGGAAGUGUUCGACAAAAUACCCAAGUGGCGCAAGGCGAAAAUCUCACUGAUUCUACAGGGGUUGGAAGUAAUAUCCAUGGUUUGCUGACCAAUGGAAGCUUGCCCGUUGGAGAGCCGAUUGCAGAAUCCGAAUCUAGAGAGAUUUCUGUUAAAUCAAAUAUGACAGAUCAUGCAGGGAGACGGAAUACUACUAGUAAAGAAGCUGACUGGUCCAACGGUAGGGCUGUAGAGCAAGGUCAAGAUGAAAAACGAAGUACAGAAGCUUCUUACCAGAACUGUGAUAUAUUUGAUGGAAGGUGGGAGAGAGAUGACUCCAAGCCCUUUUAUCCCGCUGGGUCUUGUCCUCAUAUUGAUAAAGAUUUUGAUUGCCACUUUAAUGGAAGGCCUGAUUCUGGAUAUGUCAAAUGGAGGUGGCAACCAAAUGGGUGCGACAUCCCAAGGUUGAAUGCCACUGAUUUUCUAGAGAGAUUAAGAGGGAAGAAACUGGUUUUUGUGGGGGAUUCCCUUAAUAGAAAUAUGUGGGAAUCCUUGGUUUGCAUUCUUCGUCAUAGUAUCAGGAACAAGAAGAGAGUUUAUGAGAUAUCAGGAAGGACAGAGUUUAAAAAGAAAGGUUUCUAUGCCUUCUUCUUUGAGGCAAGUCUCUACAAAACUUCCAAGCUUAAACACAUUAUUGACUACAACUGUACUGUGGAUUUUGUUGGCUCUCCUUUCCUUGUCAGAGAAUCAUCGUUUUCUGGUGCAAACGGAACAUUCGAGACCUUAAGGUUGGAUUUGAUGGACAAGACAACUUCAAUGUAUCAUGAUGCCGAUAUCCUAGUUUUCAACACGGGUCACUGGUGGACCCAUGAGAAAACUUCUAAAGGAGAAGACUACUAUCAGGAAGGUAGCCAUCUACAUCGAAGGCUCAAGGUACUAGAAGCAUAUAAGAGGGCACUUAAAACCUGGGCCAGAUGGGUGGAUAGGAGUACAGAUCGAAGCAGAACUCAUGUCUUUUUCAGAGGCUAUUCAGUGACCCAUUUCAGAGGUGGCCAAUGGAACUCAGGAGGACAAUGCCAUAAAGAAACAGAGCCCAUCUUCAAUUCAACUCAUUUAGCCAAGUACCCAACAAAAAUGAAAGUCUUGCAGAAUGUUCUCAACGAAAUGAAAACUCCAGUUACUUAUCUCAACAUUAGUAGGCUCACGGAUCACAGAAAAGAUGCCCACCCAUCAAUUUACAGAAUGAAGUACAAGACGGCUGAAGAACUCAUUGCAGCUGAACGGGCUCAAGAUUGCAGUCACUGGUGCCUUCCAGGAGUGCCAGAUACCUGGAAUGAACUCCUGUAUGUCUCACUCUUGAAGUCUGGGUUCGGAUCCUGGAAGACAUGAGUCAACUUUCGCCUGCGGUGCACCUACUGAACUUUUAUCAGUAGGGGGUCGCGAAGAUCGGAAAGUCAUGCUUCAUCCCAUUACAUAUUACUACCAUUCUUUGAGAACUUAACAAAGUCUAGCUCAUCUCUGUAGUAACCUUUUCCAAUUACCUGUAGAAAGUAAGCUUGUUGAUGCUAAAAUGAAUGUAAUUUGAGCGGCUAGCUCAAUUAGGCACAGAGAAUUGUAAAUUUUGAUACCAGGUGGGUCCUGUCUUCAGUCCCGUGUUACAGAAGUGGCCAUAUGUUAGAUUCUUGUACUGUUCUACACUUUUACUUGCUUAUUCACGAUCAUCAAUAAGAAAGGGAGAAGGGUUUUGAGUU